ACGGUUGUUGGAUUUUUGUAUUUGUACCUACUAUUUUAUAUUUCAUAUACAUAACGGCUUAUUAAAAUAAGCUCUAUAUAAUUGUAGCUCUUUUAUAAUGCGUUUCCGGUUAGUGCUUAAUACAAUAGCUUCACUGAGGAAUCGUUGUUCUGCAUCAGAGUAUCAUAUUAUUUUGAUUAUUAUGCAUACAUACGAAUGUACACGAACGAACGGGAUUGCCGCCAGAUGAUUUUUGUUUACAAGUUCAACCUCCUGUUGAUAUACAGUUGUUCGUGUGAUAAUAUAAAAAUACGCUUAGUGAUAACUGUCUACAUGUUAUUAUUUACAUAGUACAAUUGAAACAAUUUUUAUGGUUUAUACGUGUUAGCCGCGAUCUAAUACAGAUUUUUUUAUUAAAAAUGAUUUACUAAUAUAAAUUUUUGCUCGUCUACCAUAGCUGAAAGUAUGGUAGAUUAUAACAGGCUGUGCCAAAGGUUUGAACUAGAUGCAGUUCUAAGUCCUGAAGGAUUAUUCACUAUUGAUGAACUCAUUGGUGAAGGCACUUAUGGCGAAGUGUUUCGAGCCAAAGAUAAUAGAACAGGAGAAACUGUUGCUAUUAAGAUACUUGAAGAUAUUGCUGGUAAUGAAGAAGAAAUAGAAGAUGAAUAUUUAGCUUUAAGAGAUCUUAGCUUGCAUCCAAAUAUUCCAUCAUUUUAUGGACUAUAUUUUGUUAAAGGAACAAAGGAACUUACAGAUCAAUUAUGGUUUGUAAUGGAAUUGUGUGAUGGAGGAUCAGUUACUGAUUUAGUGCAUGGUUUAAAAGCACAAGGAAAACAGCUUUCUGAAGAUCAAAUUGCAUAUAUUUUACAUGAAACAUUACAGGCGCUUGCCUUCCUUCAUCGAAAUCAUUGUAUGCACAGAGAUGUAAAGGGCCACAAUAUACUUUUAACUGAAAGUGGAGAAGUCAAACUAGUAGAUUUUGGAGUUUCUUCUCAUUUAGGAGCAACAAUGGGACGACGCGAUACAUCAGUUGGAACACCCUAUUGGAUGGCUCCAGAGGUAAUUGCUUGUGAACAGCAGCGUGAUUCUUCUUAUGAUAGCCGAUGUGAUGUAUGGUCGUUGGGUAUUACUGCCAUUGAAUUAGCUGUCGCCGAACCUCCAUUAAGUGGUUUACAUCCAAUGAGGGCUUUAUUUCAAAUACCUAGGGAACCUCCACCUGUGUUGCCGCUGUCAGCUCGGCCAGAUGCACCUAAACUAACUCAUUUUGUAGCCAGAUGUUUAGUGAAAGAUUUUGAGCAACGACCUACUAGUGCUAUGCUUAUCCAUGAUCCUUUCAUUGUUCAUGGAUCCAAAUGUAUUGUUCGUGUUCGCCAGGAACUCAGAGCAGAAAUCCAAUACCAACGAGAAGUUAGUGGUCGAAUUCAAAAACAGCCUGAUGUAACUACUAAACAUGGAAAGCUUAAGACAAAACGCCACGUUCCUCCAACAACAAUUUACGUGGAUGAUCUUGCUGCACUUGACAGUCUAUCAGAAGAAAGAAUUGUUAAUCAAUUGAAAAAAAGAUACCAAAUGAACUUAAUAUACACGUAUAUAGGAGAUAUAUUGUUGGCAAUUAAUCCAUUUACAUCACUUCCAUUAUAUACACCUGCUGAACAAAAAAAAUAUUGUAAUCAAUUAAGAGCAGCAUAUCCUCCGCAUAUUUUCGCAAUUGCUGAUUCUGCAUAUCAAUUUAUGUUACAUGAAAAGGCUAAUCAAUCCAUUGUUAUUAGUGGUGAAAGUGGAGCAGGAAAAACUGAAUCUGGAAAUUUGUUACUUAAACAAUUAGUUUACCUCGGAAAGGCACCAAAUAGAAAUCUUGAGCAACGUAUUUUACAAAUGAAUCCAAUUAUGGAAGCUUUUGGAAAUGCAAGAACUGGUAUAAAUAGCAAUUCCUCGAGGUUUGGUAAAUUUUUAGAACUGAGUAUGACAAAAUCUGGACAAUUAACUGGUGCUAGAGUAUCAGUCUAUUUAUUAGAACAAUCUAGGGUGAUUCAACAAGCAAAUGGGGAACGCAAUUUCCAUGCAUUUUAUUAUAUGUAUGAUGGGUUAGAACAUGAUAAAAGACUUAAAGAAUUUCAUUUAGAUAGAGAAUUACGUAGUACACAUUCAUACCUUCCUGCUGACAGACAAGAUAAUAAAACAAAACAAAAUAAUAUAAACAAGUUUUCUCAGUUGAAGAACGCCUUUGAAGAAGUAGGCUUUAAAGAUGAAGAAGUAAAUUCUAUUUAUUGUAUAUUAGCAGCAAUCUUACACCUGGGUGAUAUUGAAUUUGGAGAAAUUAUUACUGAUAAUAACACAGACAAUAAGAGUACUGUUAUUGAUUUAACACCAAUUCAUAGAGCCUCUUGUCUUUUAAAUAUUGAAAGUACAGAUUUGUUAGAAUGUUUAAGUGUUAACAGUGUUGUUACAAGGGGUGAAAUUAUUCAAAGGAAUAAUUCUGUUUCUGAAGCUAUUGCUACAAGAGAUGCUAUAGCCCGUGCCUUGUACAGUCGAUUAUUUGAUUGGCUAGUGAAUUCAAUUAACAGUUUACUAUCUUUCCAUAAAAAUAGGGGUGAAUAUAAUGUAAUUGGAAUACUAGACAUUUUUGGUUUUGAAAAUUUCAAAUAUAAUUCAUUUGAACAGCUUUGUAUCAAUAUAGCUAAUGAGCAACUUCAAUAUUUUUUUAAUCAACAUGUUUUUGCAUUAGAACAAGCAGAAUAUGAAUCUGAGGGUGUACCAGUUCAACACGUUGGUUUUUGUGACAACAGACCUGUACUUGAUAUGCUUGUUAGUAGGCCUAUGGGACUUUUAGCACUAUUAGAUGAAGAGAGUCGAUUUCCUCGAGCAACUGAUCGAUCUUUAGUCGAAAAGUUUCAUUGUAAUAUCAGAAGUAAUUACUAUGUACGACCAAAAUCAAAUGCCUUACAAUUUGAAGUAAAACAUUUUGCUGGUAAUGUAACUUAUCAAGCUACUGGUAUGUUAGAAAAAAAUAGACACUUAUUAGCAAUUGAGGCUAUUCAAGUAUUACGGAAGUCUAACAAUAAAACUGUUAGAGCACUAUUUCAAAGUCCUGUUACUAAAACAGGCAAUCUCUAUGCUCAAGAUAUAUCUACAGGACUAAUGGGUCUUGCAUCACAAUCUCGUGGACAACAAACUGCUGCCACAUAUUUUAGACAUUCAUUAACAGAAUUAUUGCAUCGAAUGGGAUGUAAUAAUUCAGGUGUAAGUUUACCUAGGUUUGUUCGAUGUAUCAAACCUAAUGAUCAACGUCAACCUAAACAAUUUGAUCCUGUAAAAGUAGUUUCUCAGCUUCGUUGUAGUGGAGUCAUGGAAACUAUUAAAAUUAGACGGAAUGGAUACUCUCAUAGAUUGCUAUUCAACGAUUUUAUAAAAAGAUAUGGAAUCUUAGGAUUUCGUUUGUAUGAGAAAAUACCUCCUACUAGAGACAACUGUAAACAUUUACUAGUUAAAUUGAAACUGGAUGGUUGGGCUAUUGGAAAAACUAAAGUAUUUUUAAAAUACUAUCAUAUUGAACAUUUAACUAAAUUACAUGAAAUACAAAUACAUCAAAUAGUUAUAGUACAGAGUUGUGUUAGAAGAUGGUUAGCCAUAAAAUACUAUAAAGAAGUUUUAAAUGCGAAACGGAUGUCAUGGGGUGCAUUAACUCUUCAGAAACAUGCUCGAGGAUGGUUAAGUAGACAUAAAAAGAAAAAGUCUAAAGGGGAAAUACCAAUUGGUGAAGUGGCUCCUAUUUAUCGCCAAGAGUUAAAAGAAAGUUCAGCCCCCAAAAACCAAAACAAAGUUAGUCCAAUUAUUAUAGCAGAAAAUAAAAAGAACUAUUAUAUCCAGCAAAACGGAGUGAAGGUGUUACCAUGUAAGAUACAACAAAAAGAAGAAAAAGAAAAAAACAUGAUUGAAUUUUCCAAAAAUGUAUAUAUACGCAACAAACAAUUCUACAAAGUCAUUAAGAACACGGAUAUAACUAUUUGUUUAAAUAACUUGAGUGACAUAAAAGCAUGUGGCCAGAAAGGAAUAGUGCAUAAUGCCAUAAAAAAACUUGUUAAUGAAAAUAAUUUCAAAUAUGAAUCGGAUAAUCGAUUAAGUACAGUUUCUCCGAUUAGUAAUAAUGCAUUACCACCAACCAAUAGACCUAAAUGGGUCUCUCCAUUAAGAUUAACACCACCUGAUAUAAACAAAUUGCCAGAAGGUUUUGACUUUCGACAACUAUUAAGACCUACCCAGCAUGCACCAACUGAAUCUCUUCGGAAACGGCUAGUGCAGAGAGCUCGGCCUGUUACAGCUAAUGCCAAAGGAUAAUAUUUAUUUAAAAAUAUUCUAGCAUAUAGGAAACAUACUUUGAGCUUUUCUAGUCCUUGAAUUGACAGAAAUUUAAAAAAUGAAGAAUAAUAACAUUUUUUUUAUAUUAAUAUGUCUAUAGUUUAGACUUAUAGUUCCUGACAAGCCUGCAAUAAAUCAAACCAAAAAUAUAUAUUUUGUUAAAUAACUGGACUUGGGAUACUUUUUGGUAUUGUGUAUUAUAUAAUUUUUUUAUUAUUUGUAUUUUAUUGUAUGUUCCUUAGAAAAAUAUUUGUUAUUUGUGUAAUAAGAAAAAAAGGUUUCCAAGAUUUAAUAUUUAAACUGAUUUUGACCAUAUAUUUUUGUAAGAAAAAUGAUUUUAAAAGAUAAACAUACAAUUUAAAUAAUGGUUUAAACAAAUAUGUCGUUAUUUUAUAUCAACAGUGAAAUUUUAUCAUGUGUUAAAAAUAAAGUGUUUAUUUAUAUUUAUGACCAUUUUACUGAAAUAAAUUUUUUUUGAAUAUUA